CAUGAACUAUAAUUUUAUCGGCACAGACCUAAGGAAACAAAAAUAUUUUGAUAAUGAUUUAAACAUUUCCAUUUCGAUUACUACACAUAUUUACACGUCGCAGCGAAGACUUGAUUUAAAGAAUCGAAAUUGAGGUCACAAUGAGCAACAUCUCCAAUCCCUUUGGCUAAAGCACUGCCUGUUAUGGCCAAUAGUAAGGUGACACAUUCCCCCCAGAAUACUGUUGCAAACAACAACACAUCCAAGAUGGGAGCAGGGAAGGCACGUAGCAAGCUCCAGCGGAAAUGGGAGAUCUACCCGGGAAAGAACAAGUUCUACUGUAAUGGCCGAUGUGUGAGCUCUCCAGACCUUGGAGGCUUCCUUGCCUGCUUCUUCCUCAUCAUUGUCACCGGAGGUCUUUUCUUUGCGCUGGACUGUCCCUACCUCGCUGUGAAUGUCAAUCCAGUGAUACCAGUCAUCGGAGGCUUGCUGUGGAUCUUCAUCCUGGGAUGCUUGUUUCAGACCACGUUCAUAGACCCGGGCAUCAUCCCCAGGGCCACACUGCACGAGGCUCUCGAAAUUGACAGACUCUAUCAGUUAGAGAACCAGCAACUUCAGGAAACAAAUGGUACUUCAUACCAGGCACCUCGCUUUAAGGAGGUGCAGAUCAAGGGAAGGAGUUUUAAGCUCUCCUAUUGUACCACCUGUCAAAUAUACCGGCCCCCGAGAGCCUCUCACUGUAGCCGAUGUAACAACUGUGUGGAGCGGUUUGACCACCAUUGUCCCAUGGUAGGGAAUUGCAUAGGCAAGCGAAACUAUAGAUAUUUUUACUUGUUUAUAUUAUCGACAGCCACCAUGUGCUGUUAUAUUAUAGGGUGUAACGUUACUGUGAUCGUUCUACGCUCAAAGGAGAUGGAUGUUGGGGAAGCGUUUAAAAAGUCUGCGGGCAGUUUAAUUCAGGCAGUCAUAUGUCUGGGUUCGCUGGCCUCAGUUGGUGGUCUAGCCUGCUACCAUUCUAUGCUUGUGUGUAAAGAGAUGACCACUAACGAAGACAUCAAAGGGACUUACAAUGACCGCAAAUUUAAGGAGGCUGUUAAUCCAUACAGCAGAGGCAAUUGUGUUCUAAACUGCCUUGCUGUUCUGUGUGGACCAAGGCACCCUAGUUUAAUAGACAGGCGAGGAUUCGUAGAUCCUACGGAUGAAACACCGACCAUGGUGGACACUAAUGGGGCCAGGGGUCUGCCUGGAUCCCAUCAUGUUUGAUGAAAGGAACAUGUAUGAUAGCUUGUUUCUAUAUUUAUAUUUUUAUAAGAUACAUUUUUGUACUUGUUCUUCAAGUUUUGGUAGUAUGGUUGUUAUAGUUAUACAAAAAUAUCAUUUUUUGUUUUCAUGCGUUUGUAUGUGUUAAUUAAUUCAAACAUGCAAGAUUGGCUUUACAUUUGUGUAUAUGUUAAAAUAAAACAAAGGGCAGAUAGUUCACAGGGUUAUAUAUAAUCAUAGAAUUUAUAAGAACUAUAUUCUUGUAUAAUUCUAAAUUUGGAAAUUAUAAUAUAAUUGCAGAAUGGUCAAGAGGUACACAUUGCCUUGAACUAAGUUGCUCAAAUACAUGUAAUUAUACUGUUAUAGGCUUAAUGAUCCCUAGAUGAGACCAAAAUAUACAGAAAUAAAAGUCACCAUGAAGAAUGUACUCAAACUGCAAAUGCAAUAGAUAAACCAUGCAUAAGUAAAUCAAAACAGUAUUCAUUGCAUUUAGUUAUUUUAUGUGUUAUUCAUUUACGUAUGCAUAUUCCUUUGUAACACAAUCAUGUUUUUGUAACAAAACCUGUUUAGUUUCUGCCAGUUUAUUUAAUGUUUGAUGUUUAAUCUGUUAUUGUUUCUACUGUUUUAUAUGCUACCUUGACUUUGAAAUUGUAUUUGAAGACUUUUCACGACCUGUGUGCACUCCAUCAUCGCUCCACCCACUUAUGUUUGUAUAUUCACAUGAUAUCAGCAUAAAAUUUCUGGUAUGUAAAAGAACCUUUUCUCUGUUUGUAAAAAGGCAAUAACUGAAACUCUACACCUCUGGAUAAUUCAUGCUAUGAAAACAGUUUCAGAGAACGUAAGUAAUUUCUAAUAGCAUAAAUUUAAGUAUGAACUGAUGUUUGAUAAAUAGUUUUAGUUAAAGGCUGGUGAAACCUUUUUGGUAUAAAAAGCGCAUCUGAAUGACAGGUCACUGAGCCGGUCUGGGAAAACAAGGCUUAAUGUAUUGCAGUCAGUUGUCAUCCAAGAUUAGUCUGUGCAGUAAGCAUUUGCUAAUAAGGGACAAUACUGCCACCUUUUUUGGAAUUUUUUGUUUGAAGGAAGUUUCUUUUAAACAAAAAUCCAGUUUAGACAGAAAGUGUCAUCUGUGAUUAGCCUGUGUGGAUUUAACUCUUUCAGUGCGGGAACCGAAUUUUGAAGGCCUUUGCAAACAGUUUGGAUCCAGAUGAGACGCCACAGAACGUGGCGUCUCAUCUGGAUCCAAACUGUUUGCUAUUCUGAUAGUAUUUUUUGAAAAAAAUCAAAGAAAAUGCUUAUUUUAGAAAUUCAGCAGACGACAUUUUAGCAGACAACAAAUUUCCCAGCAUGCAAAGGGUUAACAGACUUAUAUGGGAUGACACUUUAACAACAUGCAUUUAGUCCAUUGUCCUAGAAUGAGGCUCAUUUGAAGUACCUAAUUGGUCAGUAUAAAAUACAAAUACAUACAAGAUAUAAACAAGUGUUUAUCAUGGCGAAAUACUGGUUAAAGUCAUAAUAAGAAUGACAGAAAGUUAAACAAUUGCCUUAUUGGUAUUCAUUAUACCCAGUAAUGAAGUCUAUUUCAGUUUUAACACAACACUGAAAGGAUAGCUUUUAAUAGGCACUCAAGUACCAAUAUGUGCCUUAUACUCCUUUGAUGAAGUUAGUUGUUGUUAUUUUCCCGUUUCCUUGCAUUAUUUUAAUUACAGCUUUUAUAGAUUGCUUCAUUGUAUUUUGUAAUUCAAAUUAGCAGGGGUGUGAUUAACUCUUUCAAUGCUGGAACCGAAUUUUGAAGGCCUUUGCAAACAGUUUGGAUCCAGAUGAGACGCCACAAAACGUGGCGUCUCAUCAGGAUCCAAUCCAAACUGUUUGCUAAUCUUAUAGUAUUCUUUGAAAAAAAUCGAAGAAAAUGCUAAUUUUAGAAAUUCAGCAGACGACAUGUUAGCAGAUGACAAAUUUCCCAGCAUGCAAAGGAUUAAGGGAUACCUUAGGGGGGGAAAAUGUGCUAACCCCUUUACAGCGUUCAAUACAACUCUUGUACAUAGAUUCAGCAAAGUUCAUAUUAAUUAAUAAAAUAAGUUUGAUGCUGAAAAGGAGGACAUCAGCUGAAAGGAGGAGAAAUCACACCCCUGAAUUAGUUUGUUCUAUUUCUGAGGUAUUAUGUAGACACCAGUAGUUAUCUUUGUAGAACUGUAUGUCUUACUAUAAUUGUUUUUAAACCAUCAUUCUAAAUUAAGACAGUCACGUGUUGCAUCUGGUACAAUAUCAUUCAAACCAUCUCCAGACUGAUUCAAGUAUACUUUGUGCGCUCUGUGAAAACCAGGUGUAAUUCAGGUGCGUAAAGUUGUGCAGUCCUUACAGGCUUAUCAGGGACGACAAUUUUCGCUGCUAGCAGGACAUGUGAACUUCCCAUUCAGGGAUAUGUUUACACCUUUACCAGAAUCAGUUAAAUGUCUUCCUUACAAAUAUUGUGGAAUAAGCCAAAACAAUCAAAAUCAAUUUAAACUUUAUCUUUUCUUGUCUGAAUUUGAAUGACAGAACAAAGUUUGCGAAACAAAUUUGAAAACCUCUGGAAUGCUGUUGUAUUUAUUUUUAAAUGUAUGCUUGAUUUGUUUUGAAAUACUGCCAAUAUAAAUUUAUGAAUUGAAAGCAAUAAUAAUGGUCAUUAUGUCGUACUAAUGUACUAUUGCUGUACUACAUCUGGAAUCAUCAAAUGUACCCCAGAGGCCUUUGUAGAUUAGAUAUUUAUUUGUGUAUCUAUUUUUUGUAUCUUUAUUUCUUAACAUUAUCUGCAUAUAUAUGUGUUGACAUUUAAUCUGUUGUAUGAACUGCAAAUAAAAUGAAAACAAAAAUG